AUGAAUCCGUUCUACAGAGCAUCUAUACAGUGGUCGGAAUUUAUUAAACAAUGGGAGUCUAUGGAUUCGGUUUCGGUCGAUCGCAAGUUACUCGUGGAGAAUUGUUACGAUAUUCAACUUCACAGUUUCUGUGACGCCAGCAACAUAGGCUACGGUGCUUGUAUAUAUAUUCGGUCGCGUGGGAGGCAAGGUAAAACAUGCGUCAGAUUGUUAUGCGCUAAAUCGCGGGUCGCUCCGUUAAAAACCGUCACGAUACCACGGCUCGAAUUAUGCGGCGCUUUAUUGUUAGCACAACUGUUUCGUGAAGCGAAUGAUGCAUUAGAUCUCGCAGUCAAUAAUAAAAAGGUUUUUUGGAGCGACUCGACCGUCGUGCUACAUUGGUUGAAAACACCCCCGCACUUGUUAAAAACAUACGUAGCUAAUCGAGUCGCGAACAUCCAGGAUAUCACAGACGCAGUUGAUUGGCGACAUGUGAAAUCAGAAAAUAAUCUAAUGGACGCGAUUUCUAGAGGACAGACGCCUCGUGAAUUUUCACGGAAUCGCGUGUGGUUUGCGGGUCCCUCGUGGUUGUUCAAGGAUGAGUCCGAAUGGCCUGACGACUCUGCUCGAUUGGAUCAAGUGCCUGAAUUAAAGGAUAACAUUUGUUUAGCUUCUAUAAAUCGCGAUUUUGACAUCCUUUUAAAAUUUUCUUCCUAUAUUAAACUUAUUAGAAUCAUAGCAUAUUGCCUUCGCUUUAAUAUUUCUCAUAAGUACUCCGGACCAUUAUGCGCGGAGGAAAUUAAUGAAGCUGAGAUACGUGUACUGAAACUUCUGCAGGGCGUCCGAUUCUCUGAUGAAAUUAUAAUUUUAGACAAGGGCUCAAAAAAUAAGAGCAAAUUUGCAAACCUAGAUCCAUUCUUAGACAGAUACGGCCUGAUUCGCAUUGGAGGGCGGCUUCAAAUGUCGGAACUCACGUUUGCGGAAAAACAUCCAAUCCUGCUUCCUAAUCGACAUCAUCUCACGGAUUGCAUUAUUCGCAAAACACACGAGAAAUAUUUCCAUCCGGGCGUACAAACGACAUUAUAUAUCCUGUGA